CCGCACAAGGAGGGUUGGGCUGGUGUGGCGCUGUGGGGGCUGUACACGGCGACCUUCUGCUGCCUCAUGGUGCCGCAUGCAGCCAUCAGCUUCCUGGCAGCCCUGCUGCACUUCCUGUUAGAGGUGGGCGGCUACUCGCGGCUGGCCAGGAGGCUGGAGCGCAACAGCAAGAAACACGCAAGGUGGAUGCUGGGCUCCGCGGCCCUCAGCGGCGCCCCCAUCGCGCUGGCGCUCUACCUGCUGCGGCGGCCGCUGGCGGCACUGGCGGGGGCGCUGUGGGGCUUCCUGCUGACCCCCCCGCUGUGGCUGGCUGCCGUACAAACCCUCGUGCUGGUCGCCCUCACCGCCGGCCGCCGCACUCGGCCGCUGCUCGGCUUCCUGGCGCCCCUGCCGCUGCUGGCAGCACUGGGAGACACCCCCUUCUGGCGCCUCGGCGCCUCCCUCAUCUACACCGCAGCCCAUCUGGUGGCCCCGGGCCGCCUGCGCGCAGCCGGCCUGUCCGGCCUGGCCGUCCUCAGCUGCCGCUCGCUGGCCUGGUACCAGGCGCUUCCCGCCCUGCUGCUGGAGUUCAUACUGUGGCUGGCACUGUCGGUGGCCUCAUCCGCCUCGGGAGCAGCAGGAGGAGGAGGAGGGGGAGGAG